AUGGAGGGAAGCGACGAAAUUGCAGAGCAGGGAUUCGACUAUUCCAUCGAGUCGAGCAGCAUGAAGCAAGGCGCCGAAGCACGACUUUUCCGAUGCGUUUAUUUGGGGCGGCCGGCGAUUCUCAAAGAGAGGUAGACGAAACCCCAAUUUGCUUUCUAGGCAUGGUUCAGGUUCGAAAAAAGUUAUCGGCACACGUUACUCGACGGGAAGCUGAACAAAGCGCGAACGCGCUCUGAGUUGAAAGGAAUUUGUCGCGCUCGAGAAGUUUGUUUUGUUUUUUACUCCAGACGCUUUUUUUUCGAUGGGAUACGAAAAUCUUACAGCUCCUUGUUGAAACGCCGACGAUUUUUUUUGUCGAUGGAGAGAAGAACAAAAUAAUCAUGGAAUUGGUGGAAGGACCAACGGCCAAGGAUUGGAUCGAGAGUCGACGUGCAGAAGAUAGUUUUGAAGUUAUUCCAAACUGUUUUCCUCUUUGAACUUUGAUAUGAAGAAGGUUGUCCACGAAUUCGGAAGACUUCUUGGCGGCUGUAUCGCCAGAUUGCAUUCUGGAGGUCUGGUGCACGGCGACCUGACCACUUCUAACGUCUUGCUCCGCGACGGAAGCUCGGAUCGUCCUGUUUUCAUUGACUUCGGUCUCUCUUCUCAAAAAAAUGUGAGUUGAUCGUUCUAUCUCUGUCUUUCUCUGUCUUUCUCAAGCUUUUUGCAAAGCUUAGGGAAAUCGUUUCACUAAGGAUUUGAAAAUAUCAUCAGAGAAACAAGAAGGAUAACGACGAUUCCUGGCCUGAAUAUUAAUAUAAUACAUAACAUGAUAUAAUUUAAAGAAAUAUAGUAAUUUAGUGUGUUCUAGAAACGCUUCAUAGAAGGUUUGCAGACAAAGGCUUUUGAGAUCAAAACUGCAAAGCCUCGAAAUAAUAUUCAGCCUUUUAUCAUGAAACCCUGUUCAAAACUUUUCGAGAGCACAAUUUGGAGAAAAAGAAAAUUUUGUUGCAAAUUUUUAAUACAAAGCAUAGUAUUACUCAUUUCUAAAAAAAGAUUUUUUUAAAAAAAUCGCUUUUUUUCUGAUUUUAAGGACCGAGAACCUGGUAUUUCAUUUUCCUAAAGUCGAUUUUUUGUCUAGAUCGUUUCCUACAGAAUUCUGGAUAACCAGGUGUCGGAUGCAGAAAAGUAGUGAAAGGUCUACCGAAAAGUGGUUAAUUGCUUGAAUCCGCAGAAUGUUUAUAAAAAUGUCCUCAGUCUUGUUUAGAAGACUCCCAUAAAGGUUGUGAAUGGAUGAAAUUUUAUGAUUUACUUCUAUAAUACCAAUUUGAGCUAGUUAUCUAUAUGAGGUGAAUCAUUGACCACUUUCCUGUUUACUGCUUCGAGAUAUGAUUGAACACAAUUAUUUCACAUCAAACUAACGGAAAUUUUAUAAUCCAGGUAAAAUGAUUCCUAAAAGACAUUAUUCUGCUGCGUCCGGAUGAUCAAGUCAUUGAGUGAUUUGUAGGUGACACCGGAAGAGAAAGGAGUCGACUUGUACGUGCUGGAAAGAGCUAUCGCGAGCACACACGUCGACUGCGAGCAUAUGAUGAAGGGGAUACUUGAGGGAUACCGGGCGGCCGACCAGAAGCAGAGCGGUGCCGUCACGAAAAAGCUGGACGAGAUUCGACUGCGCGGUCGCAAGCGGGACAUGGUCGGAUAG